AUGGCAAGUAUUUCUGUAUUUUCAGUUCAUAACCGACGUGAGGUUCGUGAGAGUUACGAGGAAAAGUUGAUCACGGAUCUGUUUGCUGAUUAUGACAGCCGGUCGCGUCCCCGUCUUAACUCCACAGAAAGCGUGCAAGUCAGAGUGAAGUUUGUGCUAGUGCAGCUCAAUAAUCUGGAGUGGCAGGACGAACGGCUGACGUGGGAUCCCAAGCACUAUGGUGGUCUGCGGUCAGUGGUGGUCUCCUCCCAGAUGCUAUGGCUGCCAGACAUCGCCCUGCAGAACAGCGCGUCCGAGAUCUACCAUUCAUCUUUCCAAGACGCCAAGUUUCGCAUCACGGUCGGGAAUACAGGCCACGUGUUAUGGCUUCCUGGCGGGAAAUUCUUCACCAACUGCGAGCUAGAUAUUCAAUAUUUCCCCUUUGACGACCAGACUUGCAAGCUGCACUUCACUAACUGGGCAUACACUGGACUACAGGUGAAUCUCCUCAACGCCUCGUCCAAAAUCCCCCUGGAAAAUUACAAACUGAACGGCGAGUGGGACAUCGUCGCCACCAAGGCGUCCCGCGAGGACGUGUACUUCUACUGUUGUCCCGAGGUCCCCUAUCCCAGUGUCUACUUCACCAUUUUCAUGCGCCGGAAGUUUCUGUAUCACCUGACGAAUAUCGUCACGCCCUGUUUGAUGUUGUCUAUUCUGGUGGCUGUGGUGUUCUAUUUGCCCCCUGAUGACGGAGAGAAGAUAGCACUGGGGAUUACUGUCUUGCUGUCUUUCUCUGUUUUCUUGUUACUGAUUGCGGAGAGCAUGCCCAGGAUUUCUGAAUCGGUGCCGAUUAUUAGUAUUUAUUUGUCCAUUUUCAUCGGCCUGACCACAGUGUCUAUCUUCUGGACUGUUCUAGUUCUUAACGUCCACCACCGGACCAUCAUCACCCCUGUCCCAAAGUGGCUGCGCCUCCUCCUCUUUGAAUGCCUGGCGCGCAUGCUCUGCAUGCAUCACGUGGUGCCAAAAGCAGACGAUCAGAAAAACGGCGCCAAAAGAGACUCGAAAUAUUCAGAAAUGGGCGAAGAUGGAGAAAACUCGCAUUUGAUGACGCCCUUGGAUCAUGUCGGCGCUCGACUGAGUAGUCAAAGAAUAAGUACAGGGUCGAAUGGAAUUGAAGGACCAAUACGCUGCGCCCUGCAUGCGCCAUCGUUUAGUGUUCAAAAGUCCAAAUCCCCUUACGUCGAGCGAUCCUACUUCACCAGAAUGUUGGAGGAGGUCGUGGAUCACCUUCGCUUAAUGAGUAAAAACCGCAGAGAGGAAGAGGAAGAGGAAUGGCAGAGAUCAGAAUGGCGGGCAGCCGCCUGUAUAAUUGACAGGUUUUUCUUUUUGCUGUCCAUGGCGAUCAUUUUGGUGUCGUCUGUAGCUGUCCUUUUGUUCAUUCCGCUGAAUAAGCCUGAUCUCAAGGUGACCUGAGACAAUCACUGAAUAAUUGAAUAAUUCUUGUAGAGCUACAUGUACCCAACUGUUAGAAUUGGAAGUCUUCUGAUCUGAACACAAGAGAUUAUUACUAAAACCAAAUGAAACAAAAAACAUGGAAUAAUUUUGAAUGUCGGAACUGAUCCACUGACCAUUUUCCCAUAAGAAAUCGUCGUUUACCCCGGGAAAUCCGUUUAAUGGCACUUUUUACCGCCAAAUUGAACUGUAGUCAUCCCUCAUCCGACACGUGCACGACAGUAAUUAAAUAGUAGAAAAUCAAAGUCACGAACUUAUUAUAUGCAAAAUACGGAUCAAGUAUUGCACAUCGCUUUUUAAAAUGAUGGAAGGAUUUAUUGUCAACAGAAAAAAAUGUUUUGUUAAAUGGAUUGCUUGCAAUAUCUUGCAUGAAUGAAUUAGGGGGCAUAUUGGCAGUUGGUAGAAUUGAUUGCAUAAAAUAUGCCUUAGUGGCUUCAAUGUCUUUUUUCUUCCUUUAUGGAUAGAGUACGGGGGGCGGAAUCCAUGAUUUUGUUUUGGGAAUAGGAAAUGGAACAUCCCGCCUCGC